CAGCUCACUUCGCUUCGCGCCGCCGAGCAAGCAAGACGUGUGUGCGGAGAAAGAGUGCUGUGGCUGCGAGAAAAUAUAACAGAGAUAUAUUUUGAGCUCCCGGCGCCCGCGUCGUGCUUAAUAACCAUUAUUUGUUUACCUUUUUUUUUUGGUUGUUUUAAAUCCCUCGUGCGACAAGUGGCGGAGUUUUGCGUUUGUGGAUUUGGAUAGAGGAUUUAGCUUUAGCUGCCCUUCGAGGUUCACCAGCCAACACAGUAUGCAGCUCUAAAGCAGCAAAAAGACGCCUGGAAAGAGACAGCUAGAAAGCGAGAAAAAGAGACGAAGGCAUAAGCAAGUGACAAAGGGUACAAAAGAGUGGCAUCCGCUUUGCGAUGGCUGAAUUCAGGCUAGUUUUGGUUAUCCUACUGAUGACCACUAGCAUCUGCACACUUCAAGCCAGCGACAGUAAUUCCUCCGUGGCAACCACCUUGGGCGUUCUGUUUGAGAGGGCUCCCGAAUCGGCGGUGGCGCCCAAAGGAGAUGAGGUGGUCUUCGAGUGCGAGCUGAAUCUCAAACCAGAUCGCCUGGAGUGGCGAUUCAGACGCAGUGAUUCCGCGGAACCCUAUCGAUACCUGAGACCCGCGGCUGGCUACAACGUGACCAGUGGCAGCGAUGGUCUUGCCUGGCGACUGCGCAUCUAUGUGAGUGCCCAAACGGCAGGAGACUACCAGUGUGUGGCUUGGUAUGGCCCAGGAGCACUGGCUUCCACGCCAGCCCGCUUGGCCUUGGUCUCGAUUGCAUUGGACGGAGGCCAGGGAUCCAUGGCAGCUAGAAGUUCCAUACGCUGGAGUGUGGCGCCCAAGAACUGCCUCCUCAUACGUUGCGGCAGCGUAGUAUCCAAUCCGCCGGCUAUUUGGAGCUUUUACAGGAACGGAAAGAAGCUACCACAAUCGGAACUGCUUGCUGGUGCUGCGGGGGCCUUGGUUUUGGAUACGGUCACCGCCAAGGAUGCGGGUAACUACUCGUGCGCGGCCACGAACUCCAUAACAGGCGAUGAACUUAGGCUCCCCCAAACUAUCGAAUUAAGAGUGGACUACACCGACAGGACGCCGCCGUACUUUUUGCAACGUCCACCCACCGAGUACUCAGCUCGUCCAGGAGAAACGGUGGUGCUCGAGUGUCCUGGCGUGGGAUCCCCGCGACCCAGAGUCAUUUGGAGUAGUCCCAACGUGGUUGGAAUCUACAACAACAGAAGCAACAUCUUGCCAUACGGCUUGCAAAUCACCGAUGUGAGGCCCGAGGAUCAGGGCUCCUACAUCUGCAUGCUGGACAAUGGCAUUGCACCACCCAUCGAUCACACCAUCAAGUUAAGCGUUCUGCAGCGCCCCACAAUCCUCAGAGGACCUGCCGGCACUCUGACGAACGAGAGCAACCCUUUGCUACUGGAUUGCUCCGCCUCGGGAAAUCCCCAACCCGAUAUCUACUGGCUCAUAAACGGGGAGGAUGCCACCAAAGAUCCGGAGGCCGUGGUGGAUAACCGGAGUCUGCAGCUGAAGCGAGUUCAAAAGCGCCACGCUGGCGUGGUUCAGUGCUUCGCCAAGAACAUCUUGGGAGAGACAAGCGAGGGAAACAUUCUGCGUGUGAAUCCCCUGGAAAUCACUGGCGAGGAUGAGGAACCACUCGGAGGAGUUCCCGUGUGGCCAGUCCAUGAAUCGAACAGUGGAAUGGGUUCUUCGUCAACUCCAGCUGGUGGCUCCAAGAACAAGAAUGGCAGGCGAAAGUUUAAAGCGAGCAUGGUGCCGCCAUCGCGACCCAAUGUCACCAGGCUGUCGGACGAGUCCGUAAUGCUGCGCUGGAGUGUGCCACAAAACUCUGGACUCCAGAUCACCUUCUUUAAGGUGCAGUAUCGCAAAUUGGGCGACGGGAAAAAUCGGCGAGAAAACUGGCAGACGACCAGCGACAACAUUCCGUACGGAAACGCCCACGCCCACGGAUCCGGGCCUGGACUGGGAAACGGUCACUGGCGGGCGCGGAACCGGGACAGGGAGUAUGAGAUGGGCAAUCCGCCCAAGAACUUCACCUCCUCCGUUACGGGACUGACCGCCGGCAAGUACUACCGCUUCCGGAUCGUGGCGGUGUACUCCAACAACGACAACAAGGAGGGCAACACCUCGCUCAAGUUCUUCCUGCAGAAUGGAACCGCCCAGUCGAAUCUGCCAGUGCCAGAACUGCGCAUGGUGGAGACCCUCUCCGAGUCGGCCUUGGUGCUCCAUUGGUCAUCGCCAGAUAACGAGGAUAUAGACGGGUAUUAUGUCUACUAUAGGCCAGCGGACUCAGCAGCGGAAUAUUUAAAGGCCACGGUGGAUGGCGCAAGGAGCAGGAGCUUCAAAAUGGACCUUCUUCGUCCAGGAACCGCCUAUGAGUUCAAAUUGCAAUCGUUUAACUCAGACGCAGCCUCUGAAUUCAGUGCUAUUCGGCAAGCCAGGACCAGAAAAGCCUAUGAGCAGCCUGCUUCAUCUUCGUCGACGCCAGUGCCAGCUAACAAGACAGUGGACCAGCAUCAGAACUCCGUGUAUCCAGUGAUCGCAGGAGCCGCCGGCGGAGGCAUUCUACUGCUCAUUGCCUCGUUGGUGGUCUGUCUAUGCCUAAGGAGGCGGGAAAACGCACAACCGGAGGAUGAGAACAAACCGCAAUUGGAGCACAUCCAAGCGGAUUUUGUUACCUCCGCCGUUCUGGGAGUUGCUGGUCACCACAAGAGUGGCGAUGUGAGGCGCCUCAACGGAGUGAUUCCGAGGAUGAACAUCACGCCCAAUCCGCUGGCCCAGGAAACGGCAUCCGAUAAGAACCGCAACGUGAUGGAGCUGCGUUUCCUGCCGCCGCUGGCGAACGGAAAUGGAAAUGGGAAUGGCAACUGCAUUGCCAGGGAUCUAGCCCUGGAGCGGCCGAAUGCGGAAGAGCAGCAGGAUGAGGACGGAAACGAAGACGAUAGGGGGCUUCCGGCGGUUGCCUCGUCCUCGUGCGAAACUUUGGAGGCCUGCGACGCUGCCAUUAAACUGAAUCUCCACCAGAAACCAGGCCAGGAGCAGCUGGAUUCUCAGAAUGCGGUGCUGGAGGCGCCCAGCAAGCCGCUACCUCCGCUGCCAAAAAAACCAGCAAACGGCGCUGGCCAAAACAACUCGGGCCUGCAUCAGAAUGGCCUGCACCACGCACAGCCGUACCAUCCGCCUGGCACGCCCACCCUAAUGCACAAGCGACUGGACUACCACCAGCAGCCGCCGCCGGUGCCUCCACACUCAGCCUACUACCAGCAGGCACCCACGCACCAACCAUCGCCGAUGAUGGAGCGCAGUGUCAGGGGUCACCAGCCAGGUGGCUACCAUUUGGAGGAGGGCACACCCACGCCAACCAGGAUCCCAUCUCUGCGGCGACAGCGCCGCACCUCGGGCAACCAGCAGGUGCACAAUAGCCACAGCAAUCUCAAUAUUAGCCUGAGUCAUCACAACAACAACAACCUACCGCCGCACCACCAGCAUCUGCACCACCAUCCCGGCCAUCCGGGUGGCCUGGUGGGCAUACCCAUCGUGCCAGGGAGUCCCAGAGUCCAGAGAUCGCCGAUGCCGAGCAGGGCGAUGAUCAAGAGGACGCGACUGGGCAGCCACACGGACAACAUCUCGUCGGGCAGUCUGAACAGUAUUGAGGUGUGAUGGCUCGCCAAAGAGGAGCAGCAGAAGGAGGAGUAAUAUACCUAAGCCGCAAGCGAAAGUAGUUCCCCAAACGACAGACAGUUUCAAGUAGACUUACGGACCCGCAACUAGAUGUGUAUUAUUGAGGUAAUCGUAGACAAGGCCGGCAGAGCAGCUUGAUACCCUCGAAUAUUAGCUUUAAGGCACCAACCAGGCACCCGGUACUGUUUAGUUUUCCAAAUACCAAUCAAUUUGGGCAAUCAUUAAGCUUAAAACUAGGAAAUUUGCCAUCUAAAGAAGUUUCUACAGUUCAAUAUACUCAAAUAAGUUUGCGCUAGAACACGAACGAGAAAAGAUCUCGUGAAGUAAAUGUAUUUUGUUUAAGAAGAACGUUUAAUUUGGUCUAAACAUUCAGACAUAAUUAAUGCAAAAAAAAACAGCUAAGCAGCUAAGUCGUUAAACGCUAAUGCUGCUUGACUUUGUUUAAGGUAAAGAUUGAUUAAAAAUAUUACAAAUAUACAAACUUUAGUAUAAGUAAUUGGUAAUGUAACACUUUUCUCGUUGCUGCCGGCCAGAUAGUCAGUAGAAUUACUAAUGUUAAGUUUUUUUUUUUUACCAUUCAUUUAACUGUUUCGGUUUGCGCAUCCCUCGGGGGGCCGAAAUUCAUCUCGACAGCCCUGUAGAAUAGCGUUAUUUAUUUAUUGCCGUGUAGGCGUCAACAACUCGAAUUGAUUAGUUCAAUUAGGAACUAAUUUACGUUUAAGUCAAACCAACUAUCUAGCAUUUUAAGGCACUACCUUUCUAGAUGUGACUAAUACACAGAACCCAAAUGGAAAGCAUCCUAAACUAUAUUUAAGUUCAGAGGCGGCAGUUUUAAACGGAUAUGCGAGUCUUGAAAUUAAAAAGUCUUUAAUUUAAACAUGUUUA